GUUUCGCGGCCGCGAGCUUCGUGACGCGAAUGUGAUGCGCGUGAACUGACGGAUCACCUCGUCAACGCGCAGGAGCAGCAAUGGCCGCUUUGGAUCGGCGAAAUCCUAAUCUCGACGAUUUUGUCGGAUUAAACUGGAGUAGUUGGGUAAAUAGGGUGAAUAUUUUACCUUCUGACGCUGGUUCUAUUGAAGACAGCAGCAAGUAUGGGAGCAACCGCUCUGAGACCAUGACCCUCAGGAAAGAAGAUAUGCACACAUUUGGUAAAUGGCCAGCACACGAUGAGAUCUAUCUGGUGGUGUGCAGCCACUGUGGACAGGUGGUGAAGCCUCAAGCCUUUGAGAAGCACUGUGAGAGGCGGCAUGGUCCUCUCACUAAGAUGUGUGCACAGUCUUCUACUUUGGUUCCACAGCAGCAACCUUGCCCUCCUCGUCCUCCUUUGAAUCAUUCCUCUUCUGGAGAGAGGCAGAAAGAUGGCAGAUGUCAUGAAGCCAGUGCCCCUGCCUCAGCAGCAUCCCCAGUACACCAGCACAGGCCUAGCAAGGCCCAGAAGGAGACAGUGAGUUUUCCUUCAGUGGAGAAGGUCCCUCAGGAGAAUGCUCCCUUCCCACACCACUCCUCAUUCUCGCCUCGCCCCAGGGUCCCUCCAUGGCACUCAGGACCCCUGCCCCCUGGCUACUGUUCCUCCUCCUCUUCACCGUCAGAGAGAACCUCAGUGCAGAAGCCCACAGCUGGGCAGUGCAGUGAGUCUCCCAGUCCUCUGCGGGGAACGAGAACCUACAGCCGAGUUUACAAAAACACCAAUAAGAAAGAAUGUGACCUGAACAAACAGUGCAGAGUUCUGGAGCCAGAGGGAAAGAAGCUGUGCAGCCAGGAGCGUAUAUGCAAUACUGAUUCCAUCCACCAGCAGCAGAAAGCAUCGAGAAGGACUAAGACCUUUGAUCAGUCGGCAGAGGAGCAGAAAACACUCUGCACAGGUCGAGAUAUAGAGCAGCUCCUUGUCAAAUCAAAAGACAAAGAGCAACACCUGGAAGCCUUUAAAGAGAAAAUAACUCAAAGCAGUAAAUACUGUCACAUUCUCAGCAGGUCUGGGGAACCAUCAGAAACCAUUCCAGAAGUGGAAGGUGACAGCACUGUAGAAGUGCAGGCACAGCCUCAAAAUCCCUUCAACCAAAGUCUGCUGUCAGGCGAGGAGAGUGACUAUGAGCAGGAGGAAGCCACAGACCUGCCUGCCACACCGUGGCACCCAAAACCAGUCAGGCUAUGCACUUUUGGUUGCCGCACAUUGGGCUGCAGUAUCUUCACCUUUGAUCGCCGUUUACAACACCUGCGGUUUGCCCUCAGUGCCAUGCUGGAGCACCAUGUCAGCACACAUUUGUGGAAGAAAAUGCCGCAAGUAUCAUCAGGUCUCAGGUCAAGUCAUGUAACAGCUCCAACUGUAGGAUCACCGGUCAGGACUAGGGUCAGACCCUCCAACUCAACUGGCUCCCUCAGCCUUGAGUCUACCUCACAACUGGAAACCAAAACCGGUCAGCACAACUCUCCCAGUAACAAACUGCCUUCUUCCAUUACAUCUGCAAGACUUGGGCCUGGCCAACGACGCAACCCUGUUGGGCGAGGAAGCAAGGCUCGACUGAGGGAGGAGGGGCUUAUGCAAGAUGCAAGCGCAGCGCAGAAAGCUGCCAAGCUGUCACACAGCAGUGAGAACAAAUCCUCCAAAUACAUCAGGGAUCCUCCCCUCAAUGAGAAGGGCCAGCCACACGUCCCCUCCUCUCAAGGACAAAUAAAUGGUACCUGCUCAUAUAGCAAAAAGCCAUGUCCUCCUCUACACCGCCCCACCCGCAGCAGUAGGAGGCCCCCAGGCAUUAAGCAGAAGGUGGCAGGCCACAAACAAAAGAGUCUUGCCCAAAAGCGCAAAGGCAGCAAUGAGUCACCCUCCCUUGGCUCCUCACUAUCCAGAACUUCCAAGUGUGAACACUCAGGGACGCCCAUGCUUUGGCCUUGGAGAAAAAAUCAGACUCCUGAAGACCAAUAAAGAAGACAGCCUUAAAAAGACCACCUGGAACCACUAAGUAAGAGGAAGCCCGACAAUGAUCCAGUCACGCAUUUAAUCACACGCUGAGAUGUUCUUCCAGUUCUCCCUGCUCAGCUCGCGCGCCAGAUGUGGGGUUGUUUUCCAGCUGGGGAUCUGUUGCUUUUUUUACAAGUAGCGUAUCUUCCCUUAGCAACAGCCCGGUUGGAUGGUGCAUUCAUCAACCGGCAGUUUAACCCUUUAGCCGCUGGCGUAGGUUGGUGCAUUUUCGAACUAGUCGUGUGUGUGUGUGUGUGUGUGUGUGUGUGUGUGUGUGUGUGUGUGUGUGUGUGUGUGUGUGUGUGUGUGUGUAUUAGUUUAUGUCUUCACAUUUUUAUGCACAGACAUCAUGAAAAAGAUAUUUGUCUGCAUGUUACCGUCUGUGUUUUUGCAAAAAGGCUAUUUUUCUAAGUGUCUCAGUUUAACUGUGUAAGAAUGUACAAAUACCUCAAUCUACUCAUCAUGCUGCUAAAGUAAAAAGUAAUUUCAUUAAAAACAAUAAAAAAAAUAUUGAAUCCUU